UUAUUCGUUGAAUCAAACACGUGGCGCAAUUUCUGUAAUUUUGAUAAUUUUAUGUAGCAGAUUAUUGGCUUUAACAAACGGUGUCUUCGUUGACAAUAGUGACGUUGUCAGUACAUAAUUCCUCCUCGAUCUUACUUUUUAGUUAAUAGUUGUUUUUAAAUAUUUCCUUAAUCAUAGUUACCAUAAAAUAUUUCCUAAUUUAGGAAUUAUCCCAUAUCCCAUUUUUUCCUUUCAAUUUUAUACUUAGUAUUCAGACUUUCGUCUUUUCUGUAAUUAUUUCUGAUAACUUUAUUGUAAUGAUGUCUUAUAAAAAAGUUACUCAUGUUCUAUUUGAUUUGGAUGGACUUUUGAUUGAUUCAGAAAUCUUUUACACACAAGCAUUUACAAAUGUAUGUGCAACAUAUGGUAAAACAUUUACAUGGGAAUUGAAAAAGAGUCUAUUGGGAUUCCAAGGCCGGGAAUGUGCGGAAAAAAUAAUUAAAGCAUUGGACCUUCCACUUACAAAAGCGGAUUUUACACGUGAAUGUCAAGAACACUAUAAAGUAUUAUUCCCUAAUGUUGCACUAAUGCCAGGUGCUCAAAAACUGGUUGAACACUUAAGAAAGACUGGAGUUCCUAUUGCACUUGCUACCAGCUCCAGUGAUGAAAGUGUAAAUAUGAAAAUGCAGAGUCAUAAAGGAUUUCUGGACAACUUCCACCACCUGACUAUGGGCUCUUCUGACCCAGAAGUUAAACUUGGAAAGCCCGAUCCAUCUAUAUUUCUUGUAUGUGCAUCCAGAUUCCCAAAUAAACCAAGGCCUGAAGAUUGUUUGGUGUUUGAGGAUGCUGUUAAUGGUGUGAAAGCAGCUCGUGCAGCAAACAUGCAAGUUAUUGUUGUUCCUGACCCUCGAAUAGAAAAAGAGUUACUGAAAGACGCCACACUGGUACUAAAUUCUUUAGAAGAAUUUCAACCAGAGCUUUUUGGAUUACCACCAUUUCCAAAGUAAUACAUAAAUGUCAGACAUUUGUGUGAAAGUGGCAUCUUUAAUUAUAUAUUUAUAUAUACAUUUAAAACUAGUCAACACCUUUAUACAAUUAGAUUGUCAUAUGCAAGCUUAACUAGUCUGUGAUAUAUCUCAAACAUAUUUUAACAAGAUUUCUUAAAUAUGCUUUCCUAUUGUAUGACUACUUUUAAAUAUUUAGUGAUUAAGAAAACAAAGUUGAUACAAUGAAACUGUCUUUUAAAUGCUUUAUGAUACUGUAAAUUUAUGUAUAUAUAUAUUUUUAAGAGUAAUGUGUACUACAAAAAUAAUCCCUUUUCCUCUAGUCUUAUGUUAAAAUGUGGUUAACAAUGUGUUUGUUUAUUUACAAUAUUAUGUAUAAAACUAAUGGUGACAAAUACCAUACCAAAAUUAAUAAAAAUAAAGUUAAAUGUUGUUAGCAUAGCCCUGUACUUAAAACUGAAAUGUUAAAUUGUUCUUGUUACUUUUCAAUAAAAGAUUUAUUUUGUUUUUUA